UUAAACUUAUUUUUGUUCCGCUUAUUUGUUUACGUAACUGCCACAAAAGAAGGCCGCAAAUUGCAGCAACAACAUCUCUGCCAUCACCUCAAGUGUCGCCCACGUACACAUCGCACCAGCGGCGACCACAGUGUCGUCAUUUGUGUGGGAUAAACCGGAAUAUAGUGUAGAAGCAGUGGACUAACCGAAGGGGGGGAGAAUGUCGCGGGGCGCCCAAGAUCUGAUCGGGGUGCUGCGGGGCCUGCAAAUGGUGGCGGAGGCGUGCGGCCGCGAACAUCUGGCGCUGACGAAGCAUCUGUGGAGCAAUUCGAGCGUGCGCGAGCUGCUGGCCGAGAAUGUGACUCAGACGCGACAGACGGUACGCCGAGCAGGUGAGCAGCCCGCCGACGAGCUCAGGAAAGUGCAACAGGUGCUGCAGGAGACAACCGAACGGGGCUACGUGGUGGCCAGAGGCAUCUGCUCGCUCCUCGAAACAAAACUAUCGAUGAUGCCCCAACUGCCGGGCGCAGCAGCUGCCCCCCAGGGCCAAGAGCAGCGAUCGGCGCAGCCGUUGGCUGGUGGAGGGACGACAGGCGCACAGGCGGACUUGGAUGCCGCCAAUCUGGACAUAUCCUCCAUAACGCUCGAGGAGUUCGAGGACAUUCUCUCCAAGCGCAACAAGAACCGACAGGUCAGCCUUCGCACGCCCGCAACCCAGAGCAAACAGGUGCCCAUCGUCCAGGCAGCAGCGGCAGCCGCAGCAGUGGCGCCGCCUGCUCGUCCAGCCGAAGGCAUCCUCGAAAGGGACACCCAAUAUGUGGACAGUGUGCUGCGCUUCGUGGCGAAUCCCUCCGCGCCGCCCAAUCCCAAGCAGGACAUCGAUGUGCCCGAGCUGAGCAAGGUGGCCAAGCAGCGGCGCGUGCCAGCCUCGCGCAUCGGCAGGAUGGCAUCCUUUGGGGGAUUGUUCGCCGGGCUGGGCAUUGGGACGCUCAACGAGCUGACAAAGGGCGCCCUGGGCAUGGGCGGCUCCAAGACGAUGCGCGAGGCGCUGCUCAGUCCGGCGAAUGCAGAGCGGAUCGUGGACACGCUGUGCAAGGUGCGCGGUGCGGCGCUGAAGAUCGGCCAGAUACUGAGCAUUCAGGACUCGAGCGUGGUGUCGCCGCAGCUGGCGAAGGCGUUCGAGCGGGUGCGCCAGGCGGCCGACUACAUGCCCGACUGGCAGGUGGAGCGCGUCAUGAACACGCAGCUGGGCCCCGACUGGCGUCAGCGCCUGACCAGCUUCGAGGACAAACCCUUUGCGGCCGCCUCCAUUGGGCAGGUGCAUCGCGCCACGCUCACCGAUGGCAUGCAGGUGGCCAUCAAGAUCCAGUAUCCAGGCGUCGCCCAGAGCAUCGAGAGCGACAUCGACAAUCUGGUGGGCAUGCUCAAGGUGUGGGAUGUCUUCCCGCAGGGCUUCUUCAUCGACAAUGUGGUGCGCGUGGCGAAGCGCGAGCUGCAGUGGGAGGUUGACUACGAGCGCGAGGCGGAAUACACCGAGAAGUUUCGCCAAAUGAUUGCCCCCUAUCCGGAGUACUAUGUGCCGCGUGUGGUGCGCGAUUUGACCACCUCCAGUGUCCUAACCACAGAGCUGAUACCCGGAGUGCCCCUCGACAAGUGCUUCGACCUCAGCUACGAGCAUCGCGCGCACAUUGCCGCCUCCGUGCUGAAGCUCUGCCUGCGGGAGCUCUUCGAGAUUGAGUGCAUGCAAACGGAUCCGAAUUGGUCGAACUUUCUGUACGAUGCGCCCAGCCGCCGCCUGAUGCUCAUCGACUUUGGAUCGACGCGCUUCUACAAGCACGAAUUCAUUCGCAACUAUCGCCAGGUGAUCAUAAGUGCGGCGGAGAACAAUCGCCAGGGUGUGCUGGACAUGUCGCGGGAGAUGGGCUUCCUCACCGGAUACGAGACGAAGCAGAUGGAGCAGGCCCAUGUCGAUGCUGUGAUGAUACUCGGCGAGAUCUUCCGCUAUGACGGGGACUUCGAUUUUGGCAAGCAGAACACCACCGAGCGGCUGGCCGCCCUUGUGCCCACCAUGGUGGCCCAUCGGCUGUGUCCGCCGCCCGAGGAGAUAUACUCCAUACACAGGAAGCUGUCGGGCAUCUUUCUGCUGUGCGCCCGCCUCAAUGUCCGCCUGAAUUGUCUGCCCUUCUAUCGGGAGAUUAUUCUUGGAAAAUUCAAGGACUAGCCAGCACACCAUAGGUUUCGGUAUUCGCUAUUCUGUCGUUAAAUGUUUCUGUUUCCCAGUACUAAGUGCUCUUAAUAAUCCCAAUAUAUAUCUGUAGACUUUGCUGCUUAGCUUCCAAUGCGAA